AAGUCAUCCUCACAUCCAUAUCCACUCACUCAACACUUCCCAACAAUGUCACUCCGUUCACCUCCCCCUCCUCCCCCUCCUCCCCCUCCUCCUCCUCCUCCUCCUACAGACAUCCCACCAGAACUCCAUUCCCCACCUUCAACAGCAAGCGCUCCAAAACCAAAGGGUAUAUUAAAGAACGCUCUCCCACCUCUUCAGACUCUCCCAGCAAACUACACAGGCGCACACUUGUCAUGGGACGAAGAGAAUAUCGCCGCUACAGACCUCUCAAACGAGACGUUCAUGAAGAUCACAGAGCCUAAAACUCCCUAUGUCAGAUAUAAUGCAGAACUGGACGAAGUCGAGGGUCUGAGCUACAUACCCGACUUCUCACUCACCCAACGCUCGCCGUACUCCUCCGUCCCUCCCUCUCCUCACCCAAACCAGUCCCAGACCCAGACUCAGCCGCAGAACCAGAACCAGUUCUCCUCCCCCUCCCCGCGCACCUCAUUUGGCCAGCCUGGCACCGCGCCUAAUCGGCCUAGCGUGAGCGCCAGUUCUGGAAGUAGCAGGAGCGCGAGUUUCUCACUCCCUGGGGAGGAGGGGAUUAGGCUCACUCCUGGGGAAGGCACUUGGGGGGAAGUCGAGGAGGACGAGCCGAUGGACGAAGAGGCGACUAAGAAACACGCAGCGUUCGUCAAAGCCCGCGGAAGACACUACUCUCACGAAGGGGAAGCGAUGAAGAUGGCUAGGUUCCUUCCUGAGGAGGAAGAUGAAGAGCCUAGGGAGGAGCCGGAGGGAGAAGAGUACCCGGAGGCGGAGGCCAGCCCGCUCCCUAAUGGUGCGGAUGCGGGGUCUGUCAGUGCUGGAAGUAGCUCGUAGCCGUGUGGUUGGGCUACUCGCUGGCGCCGAACGCUUGUUUGUCAUCUUGCGCUUUGGGAGAUGUCCCCUACCUGUUUGCAUGCCUGCUUGUAUUUGACUUGAACCAAUAAACUAUCC